AAUAGCUCAUUUGGUACCAUUAAUUUGUACUUCUCAAAAACAAAACAAAAAAAAAUACCUCACUCUCUUUUUUUCUUCUUGUUGUUCUAAGUUUGUGGGAAUUAAUAUAUUAUGGCUUUAAUUGAGAAUUAUACAGGUUUUGAAAGAGUGAAACAUGUAGGAGCAAUGACUUUGGCAGCAAUAUUAUUAGGAGGAAAUAUUGUAUUGUCAAAAGUGGCAGCAGAUGAUGGAAUGACUAUGAGAGUUAUGGUUGCUUAUAGAUGGAUUUUUGCUACUGCAUUUCUUGCUCCAAUUGCUAUAGUUAUUGAAUGGAAUAAGCGGCCAAAACUAACUUGGAUGGUUAUUGUGCAAGCAUUUCUCUCAGGGCUACUAGGGGGUUCACUAUUUUCGAUUUUAUUUUAUACAAGUGUGAUUAUGACAUCUGCAACAUUUGCAACUGCAAUAUACAAUCUUAUCCCAGCAAUGACUUUUGUCAUUGCAGUCCUUCUCAGGUUUGAGAACUUAUCAUUUGAUAAAGUAAGUGGGAAAGCAAAGGUAAUGGGAACAAUGAUAUGUGUUGGUGGAGCAAUGUUAUUGACAUUAUACAAAGGAAUAGAGGUUCAUAUGUGGCCUAUCAAAAUUGAUUUGCUACAUCAUGCUAAUGAAGCAACAGCUCAUAAGAAGUUGGUUGGUGGCACUUUUGCUUUAGGAAUUGUACUGGCUGUCACCUCUUGCAUUUGUUAUUCACUAUGGAUAGUAUUAUUGGCAAAGGUGAGUAAAAACUAUCCAUGUCACUACUCAAGCACAGCCUUGAUGAGCCUAAUGGGAUCCAUUCAGUCAGUCCUAUUUGCACUAUGCUUCGACAGACAAGUUUCUCAAUGGAGGCUUGGUUGGGACAGAAGAUUAUUCGUUGUUCUCUAUCUUGGAACUUUAGGAUCUGGAAUUGUGGUAAUUUUGAUGACAUGGUGCUCUCAGAAAAGAGGCCCUCUAUUUGUUUCAGUCUUCAACCCUUUAAUACUUCUUUUCGUGGCACUAGCUAGUUCAUUGUUUCUUGAUGAGACCCUAUAUCUAGGAAGUAUAUUAGGUGGAUUUCUUAUAAUAAUGGGCUUAUAUGUGGUGCUAUGGGGAAAAGGAAAAGAUAUGAAGGCGUCAAGGGCCAUUAUAUUAUCCAAAGGAGCCUUGCAGAAAAAUGAUUUAGAAGCUCCUGAUCAAGAUCAAGGCACUUCUUCAACAAUAAAGCAAGGCAUGACCCAAUAAGAGUUGGACUGUAUUUGUGGGCUAUUUCUUGCACAAAGUUAGGACUACCAACAGGCCCAACAUCAUGCAAAUGAAGAAAAAAGUUCCAAUUUUGUCAUUUUGAUAUAAAUGUGGAACUAUCAAUAUAUAUAUUACAUAUAUAGCCACCUUAAAUGAUAAUUGUAACAUGUAUAAGGCAAUAUGUAUACCCAUUAGUGGACAUUCGAAAAAUAGUAUAUAUAUAAUGAUCAUCAUUGAUAAGCCUUCCAAUG